CGUCAUCGCUUACAUAUUCUGCUGUACUGUUUGUAGCAAACAGUCAGCUAGCUGGGAAAUGAGACUAUGCCACUACACUCACUAUUCAGAAAACACAUUCGAAGAUAAUUUUUCAUUUUUCGGCUAUUAUUCAAUGUGUUAAGUGAGUAUAAAACGAUAACACGGAACAAGCUCCUCCCACGACAAGAGGUAAACAAAGUGAAUGUGAGCUGCUCCUAGCAGCCAUCAUCUCAGUGCUAGUGUCGUUCCAUGUAAAUAUAAAUAACUAUUCUGUCACAAUGAAUUGCCGCUCGGAAGUUCUUGAGGUUACAGUUGAGGCGAGACAAGUGGAAGAGGCCAUACUUUCUUUGCUUCACACCAUCUUACUGCAUCGUAGCACAGGCAAGUUUCAUUACAAAAAGGAGGGCACCUAUUCCAUCGGCACAGUGGGCACAGUGGACAUAGACUGCGACUUCAUCGAUUUCACCUUUGUCAGGGUGUCCUCAGAAGAGUUGGACAGAGUGAUCAGGAAGGCUGUCUCUGAAUUCAAGGAUGCUCUGAGCAAUUCUGGGAGUGAUGGCAUGGGACAAAUCUCCCUGGAGUUCUACCAGAAGAAAAAGUCUCGUUGGCCUUUUUCUGACGAGUGUAUUCCCUGGGAGGUGUGGAGCAUCAAGGUCAAUGUUGUCAACCUUGCCAAUGAGCAGGAGAGACAGAUCUGCAGGGAAAAAGUGGGUGAGAAGCUCGGCGAGAAAGUGAUCAACGUUGUUGAGGUCAUAAAUCGACACGAAUACUUGCCAAAGAUGCCCACGCAGUCAGAAGUGGACAAUGUUUUUGACACAAGUCUCAAAGAUGUCCAGCCAUACCUUUACAAAAUUACAUACCAGAUCACUGACUCUUUGGGCACCUCUGUAAGCACGACCAUGAGGAGGCUAAUAAAGGACACGUUGGCACUAUAAGGACACUGUAAAACAGAGAAGAAUCAAAGGUGGAUCAGCCCACUCUGCUUUAUAUUUGAAGUCACACCUGCCGUGUUAGUUUUGCCUAAAGAUAUAAUUUAUCACCACCUGUACUGCUUAAUUAAAAAGGUGUUUGUAUAGUCAAUAUAUGGACUCUCAGCCCCUGUUUAUCUGUUUGGUUGUACCUCAAGGUUAAUAAUGAAAUGAUCCACUUAAUCUUUUUACUCAAACUGCUUUCACCUCCACCCUUUUAAAAAAGUAACUUUGAGACAGUAGAGCACUCACAGUGCUUCAUGUAAUUGCCUGCAAAUUUGUGUUGUUAAUAUUGUGGAAUCUGUAAGUUAUGUAAAUUUUGACAAUAAAUGUUUAUUGUGAUUUA